UCAGUAGUUAUUCGUCGACCGUCAAUCGAGGAGGUUGUGUAGAUAAACGGUCGUUUAUUCACGAUUAUGUUGAUGGACCUUUCGGAUAUUUUCGGACAAUUUUGCCUUUUGAAUGUCGGCGAGAAGCACAUGUGAAAGUCAGGAAUGCCUCAUAUCAACUCAUUAUAUACACCCUUGACUUCGGGGAUGGGCCAAGCUCAUCCUUUUAACGGUCGGGUGGCCUUGACUGAGCCACGUAGCCCCCAUAAAGGAGUUUGCUGCAUCCGUUCAGUAUCGUGAAACAUUCGUCCGUGAAUGGACCUUUUGGAUAUUCUUUCUUCGCCCGUAACAUGGGUAGUAACAAUCGUCUCUCUUCUGUACAUACUUUACAGACAUUUCACGUCAACAUUUAAUUAUUUUUCCGACCAAGGAAUUCCUGGUCCCAAACCAAUGCCCAUCAUCGGCAACAUGUGGGGCAUCUGGAAGGCGAACCUCCCCGAGUACGAUUCGGCUCUGGUGAAACAAUAUGGCAAAGUGUUCGGAUAUUUUGACGGUUUAGUACCGAACCUUUGGAUCACAGAUGUUGACAUGAUAAAGGCUGUAUGUGUCAAAGAUUUCGAACACUUUGUCGACCGCAGAUCUUUCCAAAUUAAAACGAAGGUCAUGCGCAAAUGGUUAAUAAUGAUGAAGGGGCAAGAGUGGAAGGACGUUCGCUCGUCCAUCACUCCGGCUUUCACCUCUGGAAAAAUCAAAAGGAUGUCCUCAUUGAUCAAAGAUUGCGUUGGCGAUUUAUGCGACCGUCUCUCAAAUUUCACCGAAAACGAUGGGAAAAUUAAUGCCAAGCUGACUUUUAGUGCCUUCACCAUGGACGUGAUUGCAAGAUGUGCUUUCGGUUUAAAAAUUGAAACUCUCGGGAACGAAGACGAUACAUUUAUCAAGAACGCACAGCAUGUUUUAAAUCCACCAACUAAUAGAUCACCUAUUGUUCUGCUUCCGUUGCUGUUUCCUACCUUGUUUCUUAUGUUCGCCGAGCGUAUUUUCCUCACCAAAGAGAUGACAUUCUUUUUUGAUCUGUUGGAAAAUGUUCUCCGAGAAAGAUCGCAAUCUAAAGAGAAAUUCAACGACUUCAUCGAAAUGGCCGACGAAGCCAUUUCCGAUUUCACGAAGGAAGUCGAUGGUAAAACUGUUCCGAUGUGGUCUCGUGAGGAAAUUGACGAAAUUAUUAUUGCACAGUCGACACUCUUCAUGUUGGCCGGAUUUGACACGACCGCCACCACUCUGACUAACACGUGUUUUCAACUGGCAAGGAAUCCAGACGUUCAAGAAAAGCUAUACGAAAGCAUCGUUGGGAAAAUGGAAGAAUAUGGUGAAGUUUGUCACGAAAUGGUCCAAGACCUUCCGUACCUCGAAAUGGUUAUCCAUGAGGUAAUGCGCAUUUAUUCCCCGUUUCUAAGAAUCGAGCGAGAAUGCACCAAGGAUUACUCUUACGAUAAUGGACGUAUAAAAAUUAAGAAAGGACAAAUGGUAACUAUUCCGGCAUUUGCUCUGCAUCGCAUGGAAGAAUAUUACCCAGAUCCUGAAAAAUUUGAUCCUGAAAGGUGGAGUCCCGAAAACAAGGCCAACCAGAGUCCUUACACCUUCAUGGGGUUCGGGGCAGGACCGAGAAACUGCGUAGGAAUGCGUUUCGCAUUGGAAGAAAUGAAAAUUGCCAUCUGUACUAUGGUCCAGAAGUUCCGUUUCUUUCCAGUCGAAGAGACACCGGAGAAACUUAGCUUUGACGACGGUCUUACCCAAAUUCUUCAACCUGUUCACGCGGUAGUGGGCAUUGAAUUCCGUCAAUCCAAGUAGAAUUAUUUAUAGUAGUUCUACUACGAAGAAAUUAAUUUGUGGAUGGAGUAAUUAUGGAUUAAAUCUAUGCUUAACAUAUAUUCAUAUGGCCGCUAUCAUCGGUAACAUUUUUUUAUUUUGUUUCAGAAAUGCUUUGGCAUAAUAAAUAACAGUAUAGUAAUA